AUGGCGAAAAUCGCGCCUUACUCCGAGGAUGUACCGCCCGCCGCCGUGGCGAAGGGCAAGACGCGUCGGAUGGCGAUCUCCGUCGGAAGACCGAUGCCGCCGCCACCCCCAGAAGAGAAGAAGGGGUGCUUGCGGACGAUCAGCAGCUUUGUUACCAAAGCUGGAUGCUACGAGUCGUCCACGGCAGCCUCUGUUCGCAAAUUCAUCCGAGGGAGGCCCUUUAGCAUUGUGACGAUGAUUGCGCUGUUUUUAGCCUUAUUCCUGGGCGAGAUCUUCGUGGUUUGCCAGGUCCCUUCGAACACCGAGUUGGAUGUGGUGCUCACGAUAGUCUUCGCCCUUUUCGUUUUCGAGUGGGUUGGACUUACUUUAAGCGACUCCACCUACCUUUGCGGCUUCUUCUUCUGGAUGGAUCUGUUGGGAACCGCGUCCAUGCUGCUCGACAUUUCCUACAUGCUGGGCCCGGACGCGAUGGAGAUCGAGGAGGUCACCGAAGGUGCGAACCAAGACAACGUCAUCGUCGUCCGCGCCGCGCGCGCCGCGAAGCUCGGGGCGCGCGCGGGAAGGCUCAGUCGAGCAGUGAAGCUGCUGAAGAUGUUGCCUGGCAUGUCGACCAAGGAGGACGCUUCCAAAGUCCGGAUUGCACGAGUGAUUUCGAACCAGCUCAACACAGUUCUUUCUACCAGAGUCGCCUUUUUGACCAUUUGCGUGGUGGUCGUCCUGCCGCUCUUCCAGAUCUGGCAGUAUCCGGAGAUUGACGAUUCCAUGGGCACCUGGGCCGAGCUCCUGAACCGCGAUGCCAAUCAGUACCGACAGGCCUAUCUGGCAAACAACGUGACGGAGAUGCAGGCGAAUCCUUCCUGA